GACAUUUGACCAUUUCAAAGCAGCAAAGAGAAAAGUAGUGAUGGAGAGUGAAAUCACCCCGUUUUUCUCUCCUAGCCAUUUACUAUUUUACAUGCCUCCGGGACUGGCCAGUAUUACUAUAUAGCCAUGCAGCGCCUAGGCGAAAAAGCAGACCGCCAUUGUGACGCCGUGGAGCCAAACGAUCGUCGUGUAAGGGAGUCUGGCCGGUGGUCCCGAACCCAGGUGAGGUGACAUCGGCUCGGCUCUCUUCCGCUCCGGCUUUCCCUUGAGGUACAUUACAUAGAAGAAGCUCUUUCACAAUGGUAGUGGCGGUUCGAAAUUACCUCCCAUUGGGAAUUUUGGUUGCUGUUGCUGUAGCCUUUGUUUUGGGUGCCUUUUUGCCGGUUCAAGCUCAUGCUCAACCCGAGUCAAUGUCUCCAGCCCAACCCCUUGCUACUAGCGAUGGGACGAGCAUAGAUCAAGGGAUUGCGUAUGCAUUAAUGUUGUUGGCCUUGGUUCUCACUUACAUUAUCCAUUCAGCUGACCUCUCUAUCAGUUUUUCAACUUGAUCACACAAAUAAUUUCAUUUCAUAGAGCUGCAGAUUCUAAAAUGGGGGUUAAAGAAUUUUGUGACUGGGUGGUGGCUGACUAGUUUUUAUCAUGGAUGGGAUUGUGCUUUUUUCUUUUCUUCUUUCUGGUACGGUUAAUUCAUGUCAUGGAUUGAACUUCACUUUCACUUGUAAAUGAUGGAUGCAAUGAUAAUUUCUUUUACCUCAA